AUGCCAAUACAUUGCCGACAUGAAGCGAAUGAUCAAUCAUUACCACGUAAUGAGAUUCAAAAAGAAAAUGUUGCACAUACUCAUAUAAUCGAUUCUAACUUUGGACCUGAAAAACAUUUCGAACCGUGGAAUUUGUCAGAUUCUUCGAAAAAUCGAAUUGAACAAUCGAAGACACCCAAUUUUGUCCGUAACCAUGGAUGGGAUGAAAUUGAACAAAGCGAAGAAGAAGCAAAACGACUACGUCAAUUACUUUCUAUUUGGGAUGCUGAACGAAUAGCUAUAUUGAAACUUCAAUACGAUCUUGACAAGAAUAUUUUCCAACGUACAUUUGAUUAUAUUAAACGAUUAGGUCAAAGUGUUCGAUUAGCUCUUUGGUUGUGGUCUCAUCGUCCAGUUAAUUGUUCAAAUAUUUCUAGUCUAAAUCAAUGUGAACAACAAAAACAGCAACAACAACAAUCUCUAUUUCCUGUUACUAGUGUUCACAAGUUACAAAAUUCUGCAUGUUUCACAAAUUAUCCUACACCAGAAAACAUGGCCAAUCAAGAGUUUUCUAUACCAUCUAUUGAUAUUUUAGCAGAUUCACUCUGGUAUCAACGUUUCAUUUUGAAUGAACCGCAGGAAAAUUUACCUCCAAUAGCUAGAGCUAUGAAAAAAAUGCUUGAAAAUGACACAUUUAUAUGGGAUUCUGAAAUUCAAAUGCAAAGUCCUUGGCCACAUUUUAUAAAUCAAUAUCGAGUCACACAAAAUAAAAAAUUUCUACGAAAUGUCUAUGAAAAUGAUGAAAUUCAAACAUUUGAGUCAUUUCCAUCUGUGACAAAUACUGAUACAAUAAAUAAAACAAAAUCGAACCAGCAUUCGUCUCAAGAAACGAACACUUCACUGCAAUUGAGCAUGGAUAAUACUUUUCAACCAAUAGAUAGCCAGUAUCUUCUAAAAUCACCUAUGAUCGCAUUAAAGAAUCACGAAAGUAAACCUGAAGAAUCAAAACCACGUUAG